AUGGCAGCGAGUGGAUUAGAACGGGACGAUGGCGGGCUGAAAAUCGAACCGAAUUUCGAGCUUUUGGCGCUACUUUUAGCCCUUGCGCUUCAGGGGGAAGACGCAGAAAGAUUUCUAGAAGUGUAUGAUAACAUUGUACCAAAGUCACUGUCCGUUUGUGAGGUUAAUAACUUGAAAGAGAAAUCACGAGAGCUGUCAGAAUUACCGGGACAAACUCUCUUGCAACUGAAGUUGGACCAAGAAAAGGAGGCCGCACUUUUUUCAUCCCAAUCUGCCCCCCUUGCGGGUGGGUGUCUCGGACGUUUUGUCAGCCGUCGCAUUGCUGAUAGCUUCCACCAACAGAGCGAACCAGAACAGAGCAACAAGGGUACAGGGAAAUUUCUAUCGAGAUCCGGGGCAUUGUUGAGUCAACGACUAAAUGUCCAAAAUAAGACUGCCAGUGGUGUAGAACAGACAAGAGAUUAUGGUGGUCGAAUCAACUCUGGGAAUCAAGCUGGUGCUAGUUAUCUCGGUGAACACAGUAAACCUCGGGAUUCUGCACGGCUAUUAAAUCAGGAUCGCAGUGUUCUUCUUGCUGAUGAUGACCUCAGCAUAGUAGAAGCAACUGGCGAUACAAAAUCAUCUUUAAUGCCAAAUAAAUGGAGCACUAUGGAAUCUGACAUUGCAGGAGAGCGGAAGGUCCUGACUGGUGUAAAAUCACAGAAGCCGACAUCCGCGGAUCGAGAGCUGGUCUUGAUGAAUGGUACGGCGGAGAAUGUAGAGGAUAGAACUGUGACUGAUAGGAGUAAACACUGCGUCAAAUCCAAACCACCUCACGCCCCGACUGGAGAGGGCGCUAAAACCAAAACACGAAAUUGUUUUCCGAAAAACACUACAGUUGAAUUGCAUUGCGACUGCGAUUCGGACGAGUGCACAAAUGAGGAGAAGGCUGCGCUGAUACCCAAGUCCCCACCGUUCAAUUCUCUGGAAGACAUUGGUCAUUCAGUCGGCAUACUCCUCACCAACAACAGUCUGCCUAAGAACUCAACUUGCCCACCACCUUUGUUCCUCUCAAAUAAGCCAACAACGCAUCCAAACUCAAUGGAUAGCAGUAUGGCUGCCAAUGCCGAGACUAAGUACGGCAGUAUUUCGUGCUCGGAUGUGAACAGCGACGCUGCAAAGUUUGACGAGUUCCCAGGCAGUAUUACAAACAGCGAGAGCGUCUUAAAUCAUUGUAUGCCUGAUGAGAAGUCUGCGAAUAAGAAAUUGCUUAAUGACAGAUUACCAAACUCGGACUUAACCGUUUCGUCAAGUGCUCCAGAAGUGCCUAAAUCAUGUGUAAAUAAGUCAUCCGCGGACGGCAGUUUUGAAAGAGAGGAAUCUGACUUUGGCUGCUCCGAGGAUCAACCGCAGAGUAUUGACACGAAAUGGGCUGCUGCCAAAAAGAAGAAAAAGAAAAGCAAGAAAAAGAAAUCCACAGGAACUGUGAACGACAUCAUGAAUGUUAACAGUAUGAAGUUGGCAUCUCCCCAGUCACCGCCAGAACACCACACUAAACACCCGCUCAGAGACUCUGAAACCAGAGGCGAGGUCACCUCACCACUACCUAACGAGCUCGGCCGUCACCCGCCCAUUGUUUCAUCAGAUAGUGUUACCUCCAGUGGGGAUUCAUCUACGGAUGGAGCUGCCUGUUUGAACGACGUCAGCAGUGUGGGUUUUUCGGCCACUAGGAACCAGCCUGAUGCAUUGUUUGGGAAGGUAGACCUUCCUCUAAAUGAACUGGACGAAAACAAUACCACUCAAACCUCAAAACCGGACAGCAGUUUCAUUGGGAGAAGGGACAAAGUGCAGCCCAACAACAACAAGGGGGUGAAGAUGCAGGAUGAUCCCGUGAAACUCCAGCAUGUGGACGCAACUUCCAAAACAGUCAAGCCUUCAGAUACUGACAAUCCUGUACUUUCAAAAGUUUCAUCUCAGCCUAGUCAAAGUGUUCCUCCUGCCAAAUGUUUUCACAGCGACUCUGAUAGUGAGAAGCAUGACCCACAGAUGCAGUCACUUGACACGGUAACUGUAACAGAUUGCCACCAAGCCACCACUGUUGGAAAGCCCCACAGUUUGAGUGAGCCAACGGUGAGCGCAGACUCCUCAGCAGAUAACGACAAUGCCGACUUUAAAGAAGUUAAAUAUAAGCGUUCCUUGCGCAGCGCGAAGAAACGCGGCGGCGUCAUGGACGAUCACCGCUACGCUGCCACCACAGGACGGUACAUGGACAGGGAGUCCUACCGGAGAAACUUACUCGCCGCUGGGUUGCGUAAAUCCAGCAGUGAGCCAACUGGAAUGUCCCAGCUAGGUGACAAAGACAGUGAAGAUGUUGAUCAUAACAAGUUGAAACCAAAGAAUCUUUCAGAGAAUCUUAAGAAAACGGACAAAGUUAUUACACCACCUGUACAGACUGAGCCCACCACAGCACCACAGUUUGAAUUGUCGUAUGCAAGCAAAGUCAAGUCCAACAUGAAAGCUUCGUCGCUUCCCCUGAAGUUAUCCCCCCAGGUGCUUUUGGACUUUAAGGAUGGCGAUCAUGUGGAUAGCCCAUCCAAUAGCGAGAACUCUAUGGAGUCCGUAACUGCAAUUAAAACCACGGCCUCGGACUCGAAGGCCCUGCCUUCAGGAGCAACAGUACUAGAUUUGAAUAAUCCUAUUAAUGCAGAACAGAGUGAGGCUAUCGCAGCCGCACAGUCUGCAAAAGACUUUCAAUCAGUGAAGAGUAAUAUUAGACCUGAUCAAAAAUAUAUCGCCGCUCAAACUGCGAGGUCGGACAGAAGCAGCAGUGUGGGUCAAGGCAGCAGAACCUUCCAGCGGAGUAGCUCUGUCGACCACAACAAGGUGAUUAAGGAAGUGUCAUUUGAUGAUACAUGUAGACGUGCAGUAUCCCCUCAAGGCCCAGAAGCCAGUGUGCAAUAUUUAAACUUAGAAUCAUCAGGACUGACCAAUCUGACGUAUGCAAACUGUUUGAAACUGACCCCUAUUCCUAAAACGGCUGCAGCCAGUCGGCAGCCCCUAGCAUCCAAUAUGCCUCAGGCUCCAAUGGUGGCCCUCAAAGACCUGAAAUCACAACCUUUGGGGGUUAAGACGAGUGAGAAGGAACCGUUAGUCACAAGCAAGGCUAGCAUUGUUCUCUCAACGAACCCUCCAUCAGGUCAUUCUGCAACGAGCAAAGGAAACUUACCCGCAGCUAAAAAACAAGUAGACAGACCCGACUCUUCCACGGACGAGAAACCAAUCAAUUUAAGAUCCAGAGUCCAAGCUCCAGUACCUGUGCCUCCUAGAAACACCUCCUCACCGACGCCCUCGGCUGGCUCUUCCACAUCCAAACCUUACCCCGUCUUUGACUUGGAGCCGCAAGGCAACUGUGGUGUCACUUUUGGCUCGCUUAUUUUUGACAAGGGUAAUUUUGAGAUCUUGGAGGAGGACAACGCUACUCUCCAAAAAGGAAAACCAGCUGUUGAGUUCACGUCCAAGGCUCAAGUACAUGUACCUAGACCAACUACCCAGGGGCAGGGAUUGAGCUGCGCUGAACUUGAGAGAUCGAUUAUUAGUCAACAUUCAGCUCCGUCUUCUAAAAUUAUUCUGGACACCACUACUUCAGGCGGUCAUACACAACCCGCUGGAGGGGUCAGUUUUGGCAAGUUUGACCUGGGGAUUGCAGCAGCGCUGGACAGGAAGAAUGACACUAAUGGAGAAUUCAACCACUUCGAGGUGGCUGCAAUGCUUUUGGCAGAAUGGCGCAAGACGGAGGUCGAGAUCAACCAGAAUAAAGUCACCGUUAUAGGCAUCAACGGAGCACCCAAUUAAAACCCAACAGCUGUUUCGUGGCCAGGACUUCUUAGACUCAGCAUUAUUCUUACAGUAUCAUCAGCCAGUCAGUCAUUGGUGUAUUGCUGCAACUGUCAAACAUAAAACAGUAAUAGGGGAGAAAUCUUGACAAUAUAAGGUAUUAAAUUACUGUAUAUAGGUGAAUGAACCUUUCCUCUAUAAUUUAAGACAUUCGGUGUGGUUUUUUUUUGUUUAUGAGAAUUUAAUUGGUAAUUUGAGGGGGAAGUUGAGGCAAACAGAUUGACAGGAUGUACAUACUGUAAAGUUUGUACACAGAAAAUGGAAAUUGUAAGGCAUUGACUUACUGUAGAUUUGGUUGCUCAGUAUUACUCAGAUCAAGAAAUUCUGUUAUUUUUGGUGUAUUGAAUGCGAUCGUUUUAAAGGCCCUGGGGUGGAUUUCACAGAUGGUGCUAAGCUUGUCUCAUGGAAUUUCUAAAGUGACGAGAUGCUGUCUUCUGUGAUGGCUUAGUGAGAGGGUUCCCCCCACUGCGCCUUUUCUACAAAUUCAACCCCCAAAUUAGUAUCAAGGGCCACCAUAAAGUAUGUACACGGAGCAUUGAUGUUGAGUUACUGUAGUAGUCGGUACCUGCAAGACUAUAAUCUAUGUUCCGGUUGUUGCACUGACUUCUAUUGGAACUGUUCAAAUUUAGUUUCCAGAGAUUUUGUUUAUUCAACUUUCACUAUCCUCUUGAGACGAAUUGUUGGAGAUAUGAUGGGCAGGAUGUGGGCAGUUGAGUUGGCACAUGUACACUGUACAUGCACAUGUACAGCGUAUACAGUUGUCUCAACUUGGACGUGAAAUGUAUAACAUGAAUUCUUUGGUGAGGCCCAAUUAUGUGGAACUGCCAAAAAGAAAAGGGCAUCAAGGCAACUGCCUCCAAGAGACAGCAGGCCUUGAACUUCACUCUUGAAGGGCCACAGCAAUUUUCCUCUCGUAAGGUGCACUUCUAGCUAUGAGAAAAUUGUAAAUUUUUAUAGGAACUUCGCAAAGGGUUUUACCAUAGCAAAAAGCGCAGGGCAUAACGGCAAUUGCUGUGGAUGCUGGUGGUUAAUUCGAGGCCUGAAGAGGUAUGAAGCCUGCUGUACUCGCAACCACACAUUUUCUUGUUUACUGCAACUGUGUUCAUUUAUCUUUAUCAUGUGAGAAAUUAAUGAUAACAACUUGAAGAUUUUGUUUGUCCCCACAGAGAUAAUGCCAUUUCAAAGGUAGAUAGACCCUCAAUCCGCUUUUUGGGGGAGACAAAAUAUGCUUUCUAAUUACUAAA